CAGCCUUAUAAAUAGUCGCCUUUGCAGGCGGCUGGUGAGGACGGGCAGGGCACGCGCUGGCCCCCGGCGCCCACCGCACCCACCCUCCCCCAGAGUGCUGACCCGGCUCCCAGGACCUCGGCAAGAUGGAAGAGAAGCUGAAGAAAAGCAAGAUUAUCUUUGUGGUGGGUGGGCCUGGCUCAGGGAAGGGCACCCAGUGUGAGAAAAUUGUACAGAAGUAUGGCUACACCCACCUCUCCACUGGAGACCUUCUGCGUGCCGAGGUCAGCUCUGGCUCAGACAGGGGCAAGAAGUUGGCGGAAAUCAUGGAGAAGGGCCAGCUGGUGCCACUGGAGACUGUGCUGGAGAUGCUCCGAGAAGCCAUGAUAGCCAAACUUGAAACGUCCAACGGCUUCCUCAUUGAUGGCUACCCUCGAGAGGUGCAGCAAGGAGAGGAGUUUGAGCGUCGGAUCGGAAAGCCCACACUGCUGCUGUACGUGGACGCGGGCCCCGACACCAUGACCCAGCGGCUCCUGAAGCGGGGGGAGACCAGCGGCCGUUUGGACGACAACGAAGAAACCAUCAAGAAGCGCCUGGACACCUAUUACAAGGCCACCGAGCCGGUCAUUGCCUUCUAUGAGAAACGGGGCAUCGUGCGCAAGGUCAACGCGGAAGGCACCGUGGACAGUGUCUUCUCCCAGGUCUGCACUCACCUGGAUGCUCUGAAGUAGCCAUGUGAGCCCUUCCUCCGCUUGGAGACACCCCACCCUUCCCCUGACCUGUGGCUGUCCUGGCCAGGGCCCAGGGCCUCCGCCCUGCCUCACUACACGCGGGAGGAAGCCACCUUAUCCUGUUUUGUGGGCGGCCAAGCACUAAAGGAAUUUCAAAGGACA